AUGAGCCUCAAGUACAUAGGGGUCGAUGAGAAGACUGCCCAACCGCACAUUGUCGUCCACUGCGACAAGAGAGUUGCCAAGACAGUCAAGAAGUUUUUCAACCAGGAGAACGUGCUAGAAGACCUCAAGAAGCGCGACUUUCAGCUGCAAAUCGUGGACAAUGGCCUUUUCACCAACGUGGAAGCCUCGCUUUCCUCGGCGGCCACCAUCGGCGGCCUAAUUUUGGUGACGCAUUCCGAAAGGACCCUGCCGGCUCUGUACGCCAUCACUGCCCACCAUCCUCUGAGAAAGCUCUACCAGGAAUGUGAAGACGAGUCUGGCCCGGAUGACGACGAUGAAUGUCUCGAGCUACGCCGGAGCGUUGAAGACGUUUCCGCUAGUGCUUUGGCCCACGUCCCCGACAAACACGACUUCACCAGAACCAUUGGGAGGGUGCCUGAUACGUUUUGCCGAUCGGUACACAGACCACGCAAUAGCGACUGGGUACUGGUGGAGAUUGAUCGCCGCGAGUGGAAACCGAACCUCCUAGUUGAAUUGCUGUCCACUGGGUCCAGCGUUAUUGGCACGCUUGCCAAAGCACGUCGUGGUGAUUGUCCUAACGAGCAGUGGCUUCAAACACGGCGUGAUGGCGGCCAACGGGUCGUCGGGGCCAAGGACGGCUUCGUCUACGGCCACGUUGUGUCGGUCGACAGCUUUGGGGAGGCGUACGUGAUACCGAUGUGCGAUAUGCUGAGCGAAGUGAGGUCUCUCACUGGGGCCAAGUGCGUCAGCCUGCCGUCUGGAGGCGACGUCGUCUUCAUGCGCGGUCUCGGGCUCUAA